GUCACAACACAGAACCCGAAGUUCAUUUGUCAUUGUCUCACAAGAGACAUUGUUAAGAACGAGCACCAUCAUGGCAACCUUAUCUGUACCAGCACCAACCAAGAAAGACAGUGCUAUCACUGCCCAAGAUACUGCUGCACAGAGGGAACUGGAAUAUUUUGCCAAGCUGUGCAAUCGGCAGGAGAUUGUAUGGGAAUGGAAGGACUUGGUAGAUCCCAACGAGAUUGCCGAAAAGGGACUUCAGUGUUUUAUCGCGCGUCCGUUUGGAGCCAUGACGCCCUCGGUUCGAUCUCAACUCUUGUACGAGAUCCUCACGAGACAUCCUCAUUUGGCGGCUCGUGAAUUUGGAGGUUCGGCCAUGACACGCCGUCAACAGAGUUACUUCAACUGCACUUUUGGCAAUCAGCGUAUCGUUCGAAGAGCAUUUCCAUUAUUGCAUUUGUUGGCGGCCAAGGCGCCUCUGUCCAUGAUACAGGAGGUGUACGACAUGUAUCCCGACGUCAACAACAGCAACAACAAUACUAAUUCCUGGCUCCCUCCGUUGCAUGUGGCACUGCUCUUUUGGAACAGUGUCAAUGUCGUGUCCUUUUUGAUUUCCAAAGACCCUCAAGCUGUGCGCCAAGCCGAUGGAUUCGAAGGCAAUCUACCUCUCCACUGUGCCAUGAGCAUUCCACUGAAUUUGGAUGGUUGCGUACCGCAGAAGCAAACCAAUCAGCAGCAAACCAAGAUUCAAAUAUUGGUGGACCAGUACCCAGAAGCGAUUCUGACAAAGAACAAACACGAGAGAACACCGCUCCACAUGGCCUUGGUGACUCCUCGCCUAUCAUUCGACACAAUGGACCUGCUGGUUCGCAAGCUGCCACCGUCGUUUCAAGAGCUGGAAUUUCACGGAGAGUACUUCAUGUCCACGCAGCACUGCCGCAAUCUCAUUCAUUUUCUUUCCCAGCAGUUCGAUCGAGGGUUGCAUUUCCAUCUGGUUCAUUGCACCAUUCAUGCCAAUGUCCUUCAUGCCAUGUUUUCGGCCAUGACGACAAUGACAAGGGCCGCUGUUACCAUGAAAUUUUGCAACUUGAGAAUGGAACCAGAAGAAGAAGUAGUGAUGCAACAACAACAACAAGGCAGCUGGAAUACCUGCCGCGUGCAGAAACUGGUCCUAGACACGUGCACCCUGUCGGAAGCAUGCUUGCAGUGGCUUCCGGCCAGAAUCCGCACCAUGGAGUACCUGACAGACUUGUCCAUUUGGAAUCAACAGAGAAACCCUCUCAACAAUGUCGACAUGACCGAAUUUGCCAUGGACAUGCUGCUGCGGCAGAGACGGCUAGAGGCGUUUUGCAUGAGUGGAUUUGCCCUGGACACGACACGAGUGGCCCAACUGUUGGCGACCAAUCCAACCUUGACGACCGAUUGCCGGUACUUGGAGGAUCUCGUCGUGCCAAACUAUGAGAUCCACUAUUACAGCGUCAUCAAUCGACAUGGUAGGGGGCGGAUCACCGAUACAUCCAUCGCGAAUCGACCAUUGCUGGUGGAGUGUCUCGCGGCGGUCCAGGCAGACUACCGCGUGUCCGAGCAUACGAAAACUCCGGCGCUGUACGGACUUCUUCGGGCGGCACCAGGCUUGUGGUCGCCAUUGUGAUGUGCAUUUUCGAAGCCAUUGUUGGGGAUGACAAGUGUGUCAAAAACAAUCAACAACGCAGGUGCAGGAACGCACGUCUCUGCGCCAAGGAUGAGACCCUGCCCCGGUGAAGGACGCCCGUCAGCAGCUCGUUGAGGCUUUUCAGCUCAUCCCACUCAUUAGGUUGAAGAGUCGUCCUUUCAGAAGCCACAAGAUACGGUAGAAUUUUGCACUAAAGUUGAGGAACGCUAGGAUUUAGUCGGGGGUAUCGGUACGGGAUUUCUGGAGUUGCCAGUUGCACCAACGGUCUUGAGCCCCUGUGUGGACAGCUAGCCACCUCGAUCAUGAUACACGCGCAUGUUCGACACGGUCAACCUCCUCCGGUGACGCCUGCGGUGGCAGGACUUGCGAAGGUCUUGUUCCGAAUUCGAUCUUCUGACUAUCAUACUCUCUCACCAAAAACGAAUUAGCGGUGCCCAAGUGGGAUCUACCGGAAAAAGCCAACGCAAGUCAAAACGUUUAAGGCCAAUCUGUGGUCAGGCAACCACCACGGUUCCACAUGAUCCUUGAUCGCCGGUGCGUACUUUGGGUCUGUUCUGCCUAUGAUUGGACUUUAAAAGAAAAAAAGUGAGGCCAAUGCGGAGUGCGGCCAUGAUUGUCGUCAGGGACCAGGGUUCCCGUUGCUGCUCGCAGUGCCUGAGAAAGAACUUUAGAACCUAGCUAGCUACGGUAUCAUGGGACUACAUGUAAUAGCAAGAUCUUAUCUGACUUCACUGAAACUAAGAAAAGAUGAGGCCGAUGGGGC